AUGUUAGAUUAUUCCCAACCUUAUUUUGUUGAAGAAUCCGACCAACUUCAACAGAAUACUGUUUUUACGCCCAUUUUUAACAAUAACCUUUCUCCUAAUCUUUCGUUACCCAUCGCAAGAGCCUCGCUUACACAACGAAACAACGGAAUUUUUAUUAUUGUAACCAUAGAUAAUCAACCUGACAUUACCAUCGAGUUCCCUCUUCCUCAAACCAAAGAUCUAGUAGCUAGUUGCAGCAAGAAUCAAACCCGCACGGGAAAUGCGUUUCUUUUAUUCAGAAGCGAAUUUCAAAGACAUGCUCAAAGAUUGCUUAAUAAUAGCGAUAUAUCAUCGUACGCUGGAAGUGCAUGGAAGAAUUCAGACCAGCAUCUAAAGAAUUCUUUUACUACAUUGGAAAAGAAACUGAAAGAGGAAUUCAAGAAGAAACACAUGCCUUUCAUCCAAUAUACCCCUUAUAGCACCACGAACAGGGUUAAACGUGGAAGAAUGAACAAGGAAAAAACUCAUACUUCCCGCCCUCAGAGAGUUAUAAAGGACACCCAGAAAACAGUUAUUGAUGCACAAAAUAAUUCGGUAUUGAUUCAAGAGCCAUCGUGUACCGACUUGUUGGAUUUUUCCAAUAUACCUUCUUUUGCAUUUACUGAAAAUAGUGACCUCUUUCAGUCUGAUCCAUCCCUUUUUUUCUUUCCCGGGUUGGUUUCCGAUAUCAAUAUUUUACCACCUAAUGCUCCCUCUAUUAAUUACAAUCAAUAG